AUGACCGAAUUAAAGGAGCUUAUAAAGCAAAGGGCUACAAUAAGGAGCCGCAUAACAUUAUUCGAAAGGUUUUUAACUCCAUUAAAAUGUCUCGAUAGUGUAACUGAGCGUAACAAAUUAAUUAAUAAUGAGUUGAGUUUAAGAUUAACUAAAUUUCAAGAGUUAAGCUACACUUUCGACGAAGUUCAAAGUAAAAUCGAAGGAUUAGAUUCCGAUUUAUCAAAACAGAUGGAAGAAAGGGAACAAACAGAAAACCAGUUCUUCCAGCUGAUCGUAACCGCUCAGCAAUUCUUAGAAGCUUAUAAUGAUAGCAAAUUAAAACAGGGAGACGAAUCUUCAUGCCGCGGCAGUUCUGCUUCUAUUACAAAUCACGUUAAACUGCCGCCGUUAAAAAUUCCUCCUUACAGUGGCGACACUAAACGAAAUGCAAAGGUUUAUCAAUGGAAAAUAUGUAGUAAUUGCUUACGUAAUGAUCAUCUAUCGUACCAAUGCCGCCUUGCGGGUUGCCGCGUCUGCAAAAGGAGGCACAAUACUUUACUUCAUAGAUCAAACAACUUACCCAGUGGUUCUCAACCACGUCAAUCGCAAUCAUCAUCAUCUCCACGGCAUGAAAUACAAAAUAACGUGGAACCAUCCACGAACAACUUACCUAAUAGCCUUGAAGCAACUAUUAAUAGUAAAAACGGGUCGGCCAGCCCUAAUCCGAUAGUUACAGUGUCUGCUGGCUCCUCAAACCUGGCUCUUCUUGCUACGGCUGUGGUUGAGGUGUCAAACAAUGGCAACAUAUUUAAAUUACGCGCCCUUUUAGAUAAUGGCUCGCAAUAUUCCUUUAUUACGGAGGCGGCUCGGGCUAAGUUAGCUUGUGUUACAACAAAAGAAUCUCAAUAUGUGUCCGGUCUUCAAAAUGCGACAGUAGGCAUUGCCGAACACUGCAAUAUCAAGGUGCAGUCGACGUAUAGCUCGUACAGCUGUGAUGUGACAUGUUAUGUCUUACCAGUUAUUACCGACGUUCUUCCUCAAGUGGAAAUCCGCGUGAAUGAGCUGGAUAUACCCAGCAACCUCCAAUUAGCGGAUCCGGCCUUCUUUCGCCCAGGAGACAUUGAUCUGCUAUUAGGCGCAGAGAUCUUCUGGGACGUUCUGGGUUCUUCUCAAGUGAAGCUCGGACGAGAUAAACCCGUUCUUCGGGAGACACUCCUUGGAUGGAUCGUAGCCGGCCGUAAUUGGGUUAAUUAUUAUAAACGGCCUAACAAGGUCUAUUGCAACUUUAGUAAAACUAUACAAGAGCAACUUGUCAAGUUUUGGGAGUUGGAAGAAAUUCCUAACAGUAAACCUACAUCAAAUAGUGACGAUUAUUGUAAAACACUUUAUAAUGAAACUACGCAGCGCGAAGGGGAUGCGCACUUGCCAUUGCGUAAAUUUCGUUCUAACAUCGGGUCCAUCCUGAAAGAUAACACGAGCAUCUUAAUACCUAAAGAUUUAGACUUCAGUACUCAAUCUAGUGCGUUGGGACUCAAAUGGGAUCCACGCUCGGAUACCUUUAACUUUCCUGUCAAAAUAAAAGGUUCAUCUGUAGCGACCAAACGGUUAAGCACGAAAGUAAUAGAAGCUUUACAGCUCACAAUCACAAAAAAAUAUUAUUGGACUGACUCUUCUGUAGUACUCGGAUGGAUCCGUACUCCGUCACAGAAUCUCAAAACGUUUGUGUCAAACCGUGUCGCAGAGAUUCAACAACUAACAGCUGUUGGAUCCUGGAGGCAUGUUCCAGGCAUUCAAAACCCUGCAGAUUUAGCGUCACGUGGCGUCAGUCCAACACAAGUUGCUGAAACUGAUUUAUGGUGGCGUGGUCCUUCGUUCCUUUUAGAAAGGCCAUCAGCCUGGCCAGAGUUCCAAAUGAGACAAAAGUUUUUUAAAGCUUGCUUUGAAUUGUCGGCUGUUCGGGUUAUUGUUAUGCCCACCUUGACUUCUAAUAGCGCCAAAAAACAACUCAAUAUGGUCCUGGCUGAAUUUGUAGGCUAA